AGAGUCGUCUCCAUGGCAACGUUGUCAUAGUGAAGGUGACAUGCACUAAACAAUCUGUGUGUGGGUUUGGUGCACAUGCUGAGCUCCGGGGAUAAAGCUUGACACAGACACUCACAGCAGGACUGGGAUUUUUUUUUUUUUUAAUUUAAGAUAAUGCCAAGUGACGAACCGUGGGUCGGGACCUGGAGGCCCCACAAGCCAAGAGGGCCCAUAGCUGCACUCUAUGGAAGCCCUGGACCCAAGUAUGCACUUCCUGGACUCACAGGUGGUGAAAACCAUGACCCAACUGAACCCAAAGCACCAAUGUUUAGCUUUGGGUCACGUUACAAAGAGAAAAAUACGUCUUGCUCCCCUGGACCGAAAUACGUAAUCCCUUCCAACAUAACCGGACACGGGCGAGACGGCACUCCUGCGUUUUCACUCCACAGUCGUCCAAAAGAAAUACAAAAGUUCGAAACCCCUGGUCCCGGUCGCUACUCCCCAGAAAGUUCAGGAAAAUUGAUCUUCCACUCUACUCCUUCCUUUUCUCUCUAUGGAAGGACCAAAGAAGGCAGGAAUUGGCAAACACCGGGUCCAGCCAGCUACAGUCUACCCCCCAUGCUGGGACCUAAGACUACGACCACACCUUCAGCUCCCGCCUACUCACUCUACGGCCGCAGUAAAAAUGGAAGCUUCCACGAGGACCUUAAGAAGACUCCUGGCCCUGCUGCCUACAAAGCAGUGGACCCUUCCAUUUACAGAAAGAAAACUCCCCAGCACAGCAUAACAGGUCGCAACUUCACUCCUGGUGAAACCACACAGAAACCUGGACCUGGAGCACAUUAUCCUGAGCGGGUGACCAUGACAAGAGCAAAACCCCCGAGCUUCUCCUUUGGACUGCGUCAUUCAGAGUACAUGUUGCCCAUCAUCAUAAAUACGGAUGAAUGAUGAACCCGUGUUUGAACAGCAGCAUCACUCAGCAGUCUUCAAUAAAGCAUACAAAAACAAACUA